GAGGUGGUGCCCAGCUAAACCGUGCUUAGGGCGAUGGCUUGGGUCGCCACGAGUGCUCCCAGCCUUUCUGUUCCUCUCCGCUUUCGUCCAAACACGUUCCUGUCAGCUGGACACGCUCCGGACUCGGGACGCAGCAUCGCCAGCAGCUUCAAGCUCGUGAAGCGCGGGUCCAACAAGAAGGCGAUCGACUACAUGAUCAAUCCCGUGUCCAACACCAAGGUAACCCUUGACCAGAUCUAUGCGGUGGUGUACCUGCAGCAGGCGUUCAGGGCCAAGGUGGAGCAGAGGAACAAAGAAGAGGCAGCAGCAGCAGCAGCAGCGGCGGCGGCGGCGGCGGCGGCGAGAGAGGGCGGUGUUGGCGAGACGAAAGGCCCAGAUACUCCUUCCCCUAAUGACACGAGCAAGUCUGGCUUCUUCGCCCCGUCAUCACCACAGUCACCGUCGUCGACGCCGGCGCCACAUCCGGUACUACUUCGUCGCGACGACAGCAGGACCCUAUCCGGCAGCGCCACCAACAGCAAGAACGUGAACUCCGUCAGCGCUUCUACCGCGAUGCCCUUGCGUACCUCCAGCGUCGUAAACGAGGAGGAGAAGGGGGAGAUGGAGGAUGGCGACGACGAGAAGGAGGAGGUGGAGGACGACGAAGAGGAAGCGGAAGAAGAAGAGGCGAAAGUGGAAGCGUUGACUUCUCCCGUCUUCGCGACACUCCCGCGGCGGGGGACAUCGAGGCGCCUACCAAAGGCGCCGGUGGGAGGGGGGAAAGGGCGGGCAGGUGGGCAGAACGGUGUAAGGACGGAGGGCGUUUUGGUGACGCCGAGACGCGGUGAGUGGGGGGAAGCGGGAGAGCAGGGAGAAGGAAACGGGAGCUUAGCGGGGCACCUCAACGGGGAAGCGAGGGCCUCGCCGCCGCUCCUUGAAGUCACGCCGAAGUUGGAGACACAGCCGUCGGUGCGUCAAUGGGUGGCGCGUGCGAGUGUCAGCCGGCAAGUCUCGAUGUCGCCCGCCGUGUCUUCCAUCGACGGCCAAGACAGAGAUGCGUUCUCGCGCGCUUCGAGCCCACCUCCAACUCGCAUUUUGACGCCCGCGAGAAACUCCAAUGCCGGGGCUGCCGCCGCGCUCUCGCGGGCACCGUCGUUGCGGAGGUGGGCGGUCAACAGCGGCGGAGGAGGGCCGGGAGGGCCUCGCGGGGAGGACGGGGGCGGCAGGGACAACGAGGGCAUCAGGGCGAGUAGGUCCGUGAUCAUCUCUUUCGGGGCGUCAUCGGACGAUGGCGACAGUCGCGAGGGUAGCAGCGAUGACGAUCGACCGUCCGCCUUUCCCGCCGGUUUCUUCGGCGGUGGGACAACGAGCGAGGAAGUUUUGCAACCGUGACGUUCAUGUUUAUUGUAGAGGGUUAUUCGUGCCUCGGGAAAUGGAACGCCCCCUCCAACCUCCAGUUCGAGCUGUUGGGGACGAAAGUGUCAUCUGUAUACAUUGCGUUUUUUUUGCGUGUCUUGAGGUGGGAGGGCGACAAGCCUCAUCAGGUCACGGGGUGGGAUUGAGAGUCUCUAGGUGCCAAUAAAUGACUCUGGUUUGGGCAGUACGAGUCUAGGAAGUCUCAGGUAUUCGUCGCCAAGUGACGGUCAUCGUCGUUGUGGUCGUCGUUGUUGCUGUUGCUAUGCCCGUCUUGUGUUUGUGUGUUUUGUCUGCGACGAGCGCGGUGCUGUGUGUCUCCGGGGGUGCCGUGGUGGAGGGCAUUUCGAAGCAUCCCCCGGAUGUGUCUCGUUUUUUUUUAGUUCACCCCCAUCAGGAGUCACUGCCGUGAUUUUGAUUCCCCUCCUGGGGCAAAUCUCCUACUUGUGGUUUGAUACAUGGGCGAGGACAAGAAAUUCACCCACCGCACUACGGCAGAGAUAGUGCACUCUUCUGGGACCCCCAGAGAGGCGAUGGGAGCGAGAUUGGUGGUGUAGUCAGGUGCAUGGGCUUGUUUUGGGUGGUUUUCUUCCUCGUCCUUUGUGCUUGCCUGAACAAUGUUCGACCACGGGCCGCCCCUCCCUUUGAAGAUGUGUGGAGAAGGGUGCGUGGAUAGGAUCAAGAGGCUGAGAGAGCGUUUCUUUGUUUUACAUGCGACCGUUCUUUGGUUGCAGCGCCGCUCUGCUAUGAAGUAGCGCGGGCGGAUUGUCUGGCUAUCGUAAGCCAGUUUUUUCUCCGAGUUCCUUGUGUAUUUACAUUCGUUAGGCCGAGCCGCUGCCUUUCACGAGCCCGGCCUCGUUAAGCAUGCUUGGCGGAAGCACACAUGAAAGAGGCAAAGACGGGAGGGGGGGGGAGCACGACCGGUUUCCUUUUUGACGGAGAUGAGUGGGGAAGAUCAGGGUGAGAGGGUGGGGGGGGGGCGCUAGAGAGAGACCAAAUGGUGCUUUUUGUCCGACGAGAGAAUGUUGAAUUUUUUUCUUUUCGACGAGGAGAGUGUUUGAAGACACAAUCUUUUCUUUUCUUCUCGCCGCCCGCCUGCCUGACGGGCUACAUUUCUCUCUGCGUCAGGAGGGAGUCGUUUUUCGGGAUUGUUUUUGCUGUGUUUUAGUCAGGUAUCAAGUUUGUUGGAGAGAUGGAACCAAAGCAGGGAGACAGCCUGCUUUGGUGGGAAAGUGAGAGAGCCAAGGGAGUCCGCCGCCUUUUCGUAUCGGCGCGGCCCAUAUGUGAGAGAGUGCAACGUAUUAGCGUCAGAAGAUUUUAGGAAGUGCAAGCAGCGUAUUGUUAAGUGAAGCGUGUGGUGGCGGGGGCGGGGAGUUUACUCAUACUCAUAGUCGUGCAUGCCGUAGUCGUUAGACCAUUGACCUCG